GCAACUUUGAGACUUAUUGGAGGAAGUAGGCCUGGAGAGGGCAGAGUGGAGAUUUACUACAGAGGUUCCUGGGGAACGGUUUGUGACGAUAACUGGGAUAUAAAAGAUGCGCGAGUAGUCUGUCGUCAGCUUGGGUAUCCUUCUGCUGUCGGUGCUCCACAGAGAGCACGGUUUGGCCAAGGAAGUGGAAAGAUUUGGCUGGACGAAGUUCAGUGUCAGGGGAAUGAAACUUCCAUUGUGAAUUGUCGACAUCGUCCAUGGGGUGUGCAUGACUGUAGCCACAGUGAGGAUGCAUCAGUGAUCUGUUCAAGUAAGCUUAAUAAUAAAUAAAUUGUAAUCUAUAAUUAUCAUAGCUUUUAUUAGACUUGAGCCGGAUGUCAAUUACGAUGGACCCUCUCGGGACACCUCCGUAUUCAAGGGAAAAUUCAGGGGAGUCCCAGGAAAAUGUUCACACAUAUAACCUUUUUAUUUGUUUCCUCUAUUGAAGGGACAUCUCUAUUCAGGGGAAAGGAACACUUUUUCUGGGUCCCGAAACCCGGCUUUAACCUCCGUUCAAGGGACAUCUUAAUCAGCACCCAAAACCUGACUAACGGCAAAAUUUGUUGAUAAGUUUAAGUGUUCACUAGUCACAAUAGCGUCACAGCUUUUAAACAUAAACUAUCUCUCUUGAAAACGAUGUAUUACACUUGUGAGACUUCAACACACCACAUAACAGAGAUAAGUUAAUCAGGAUUUUUUUGUGUAGAUUAUCUAGAUGCUUGAAAUAAUGACUGCAGCAGAUUCCGAGGCAGAAUAAAAAUGUUUAUUUUUUGGUUAAUUAUUAACAAACCCCAGCCCAACCUCCAUUCAGGGCGGACACCUCUCUUCACAGUGAACUUGCCUUGGACCCGAGAAUUUCCCGAUAUUUAUAAUACUUAGUUUGUGUUAUUCUAUUUAUUAUUAGAAAUAAUGAAAUUACUGACUAUAUAAUUGUAGACCCAUUGGAAUAGUUUACAUUGUGCUAAGGAGGAUCCAUUACUUGGCAGACGUUACAUGAGAGUGACUAUUUGAAACUAUUCCACAUGUACAGAUAAUUUUUCCUACUCUUAUUAGCUUACAGUUCACAGUAUUUCCAUUAAAUUUCACCUACGCAGCCAUUUACACAAACCAGGCCUCUAGUCACAAAUCGCUUAAAUUAACUACUAAAUGAUAUAUCACAGCAUGAUUUGUGUAAUACAUCAGGGGCUUUGGAAUCAUCCCCGGACUCUCACCUUUGAUUUGCCACUGUUGUUCAAACUUGAUUCAGCGUUGUCAAGAGAGAAUUCAACAGCCGCCAUUGCAAAUAUUCUGCUUUUUUUUGGUUUGAGGGUUUGAUUUGUGGACUUGAUUAAAAUGUGCGGACGCCUUAGGAAUAAUACUUCCGUUUAAUUCCAACACUAAAAAUAAAUUUAGUGAAACCCACAACAGCACUUUUUAAGGUGAAUCUUUAAAGAGAGGGAAUCUUAAAAGAUUCCGUCUCUUCCGGUCCAAUUAAACUCUCUUGGCCAGUUUGUCAAGGCGUUUUCAGGGACAGGUUUAUUCUUAAAUCAAGUUUCGCGGGAAAAUUCAACUUAAUUUCUGUUCCUCAAUAAUAUGGUCAUCGAAGAAGUAGCUGAAAGAUGACGGCCUUACACCGGUUUCUUGAUGGUUGCUUUUUCAAAAUUAAAAUCCCUAUAGCCUGUUUCUGUUACGUUUCACAGUAUUCCCCUAUUCCUUUAAUUUGCACCCUUCAGUCGAAUAGCAUCGCAGAAGUUCUGUGCAGAUUACACAAAAAGACGAAGUUUUUCAUUUUAAAAUAUUCUGUGUGCAUGACAGGAUAACAAAUGGGGGAAUAGAGCUGUUUGUUUUUUCGCUUUGUUUGUUUGUUUUGCAAACCCAAAUAAGAAUUUACCUCUAACUUAUAUACUAGAAACUUUGAGACUGAUUGGAGGAAGUAGGCCUGGGGAGGGCAGGGUCGAGAUCUAUUACAAUGGUUCCUGGGGAACGGUUUGUGACGAUGACUGGGAUAAAAGUGAUGCUCAAGUUGUCUGUCGUCAACUUGGGUAUCCUUCUGCUGUCAGUGCUCCACGCAGUGCACGGUUUGGUCGAGGAAGUGGAAAGAUUUGGCUGGACAAUGUUCAGUGUCAGGGGAAUGAAACUUCCAUUGUGAAUUGUCGACAUCGUCCAUGGGGUGUGCAUAACUGUGGUCACCAUGAGGAUGCAUCAGUGAUCUGUUCAAGUAAGCUUAAUAAUAAAUAAAUUGUAAUCUAUAAUCCUUUCCAGGAGUAAAAAUGACCCCAAAUUUGGAGUUAAAUUAGGAGUUAAAGUAACCCCAUAAAAGGGGUUAUCCUUUACAAAAAAUUUUUACUCCACUUUUGGAGUUAUAAUCAUGACUCCCUAAAACUCUUACUGUGUAGUUCCUAAUAACGAUAACGAUGAGGAUGAUGAUGAUGAUAAAGAAGAUUAUGAAGAAAACGACGAGGCUCGUUUCCUUCACGAGAUAUACAUGUAAUGACUAUAAAAAUGUUUUUAUUAAUAAAUUCCCGUAAUAUUUUUCUCAGUGCCAACGACGACCCCACCCACACCAACUUCAACAAGUUCAACAAGUCAAAGGCUUACUUCACCUACAAGUUCUUCAACGCCACCAGGUGCUGAAUAAUGUAAUACUCAGUACGUUCGUAUGAUUUUAUUUAUAAAAAAAAAAUUACUUGCAACGGAAGACCCAAAUGUUUAUAUUUAUAUUGUGCAAAGGCAGAUCCUUCACUUCUUUGCAGAUAGCAGGGUUCAAACGUGCAAUUGUUAUUUGAAACUGUUUUAAAGAUAAUUUUUUCCACCUUAAAUAAGCCUGCCGCUGCACAUUAUUUUCCAAGAGACCUUUACUUUCAGCCGACGAGGAAAUGGCUAAAUAAUGUAAACUUGUCGAGGUUUUCAACUCAAAACCUUUUUCAAAUUCGUGCUUGUGUGAUUAGCGCGCGAAAAGCAAAACAUCUUGACGUCACAACAAUGUUUGCAUACUCUCAUGCAAACACGCCUCUCGGCCAAUCAGAGCGCGCCUACUAUCUUAGUUAUUUUGUAAAUAAUUGCAGACCCAUUGGAAUAGUUUACAUUGUACUAAGGAGGAUCCAUUACUUGGCAGACGUCACAUGAGAGUGACUAUUUGAAACUGUUCCACAUGUAGCGAUAAUUUUUCACACUCUUACUAGCUUGCAGUUCACAGUAUUUCCAUUAAAUUUCACCUACGCAGCCAUUUACACAAACCAGACCUCUAGUCACAAAUCGCUUAAAUUAACUACUAAAUGAUAUAUCACAGCAUGAUUUGUGUAAUACAUCAGGGGCUUUGGAAUCAUCCCCGGACUCUCACCUUUGAUUUGCCACUGUUGUUCAAACUUGAUUCAGCGUUGUCAAGAGAGAAUUCAACAGCCGCCAUUGCAAAUAUUCUGCUUUUAUUUGCUUUAAGGGUUUGAUUUGUCGACUUGAUUAAAAUGUGCGGACGCCUUAGGAAUAAUACUUCCGUUUAAUUCCAACACUAAAAAUAAAUUUAGUGAAACCCACAACAGCACUUUUUAAGGUGAAUCUUUAAAGAGAGGGAAUCUUAAAAGAUUCCGUCUCUUCCGGUCCAAUUAAACUCUCUUGGCCAGUAUAUUUGUCAAGGCGUUUUCAGGGACAGGUUUAUUCUUAAAUCAAGUUUCGCGGGAAAAUUCAAGUUAAUUUCUGUUCCUCAAUAAUAUGGUCAUCGAAGAAGUAGCUGAAAGAUGACGGCCUUACACCGGUUUCUUGAUGGUUGCUUUUUCAAAAUUAAAAUCCCUAUAGCCUGUUUCUGUUACGUUUCACAGUAUUCCCCUAUUCCUUUAAUUUGCACCCUUCAGUCGAAUAGCAUCGCAGAAGUUCUGUGCAGAUUACACAAAAAGACGAAGUUUUUCAUUUUAAAAUAUUCUGUGUGCAUGACAGAAUAGCAAAUGGGGUAAUAGAUUGAUUCGCCACUGUUGUUCAAACUUGAUUCAGCGUUGUCAUAUUCUGCUUUUUUUUUUUGCUUUGAGGGUUUGAUUUCUGGACUUGAUAAAAAUGUGCGAACGCCUUAGGAACAAGACUUUGGUUUAAAAACAACCACUAAAAAUAAAUUUAGUAAAAUUCACAUAUCCACGCCAACACCUUAAGAUUCCCCCUGCCGGUCCUAGUAAACUCUCUUGGCCAGUAUGUCAAGGCGUUUUCACGGACAGGUUUAUUUUUAAAUCAAGUUACGCGAGAAAAUUCAAGUAAAGUUCUGGUUCCUCAAUAAUAUGGUCAUCGAAGAGGUAGCUGAAAGAUGACGGCCUUAUACCGGUCUCUUGGUGGUUGCUCUUUCAAAAUGAAAAUCCCUAUAGCCUAGUUCUGUUACGUUUCACAGUAUUCCCCUAUUCCUUUUCACACUUAAGUCGAAUAUUAUCACAGAAGGUCUGCGCAGAUUACACAAAAAGACGAAGUUUUUCAUUUUAAAAUAUUCUGUGUGCAUGACAGGAUAACAAAUGGGGGAAUAGAGUUGUUUGUUUUGCAAAACCCAAAUAAGAAUUUACCUCUAACUUAUACACUAGUAACUUUGAGACUUAUUGGAGGAAGUAGGCCUGGAGAGGGCAGAGUGGAGAUCUACUACAGAGGUUCCUGGGGAACGGUUUGUGACGAUAACUGGGAUAUAAAAGAUGCGCGAGUAGUCUGUCGUCAGCUUGGGUAUCCUUCUGCUGUCGGUGCUCCACAGAGAGCACGGUUUGGCCAAGGAAGUGGAAAGAUUUGGCUGGACGAAGUUCAGUGUCAGGGGAAUGAAACUUCCAUUGUGAAUUGUCGACAUCGUCCAUGGGGUGUGCAUGACUGUAGCCACAGUGAGGAUGCAUCAGUGAUCUGUUCAAGUAAGCUUAAUAAUAAAUAAAUUGUAAUCUAUAAUUAUCAUAGCUUUUAUUAGACUUGAGCCGGAUGUCAAUUACGAUGGACCCUCUCGGGACACCUCCGUAUUCAAGGGAAAAUUCAGGGGAGUCCCAGGAAAAUGUUCACACAUAUAACCUUUUUAUUUGUUUCAUCUAUUGAAGGGACAUCUCUAUUCAGGAGAAAGGAACACUUCUUCUGGGUCCCGAAACCCGGCUUUAACCUCCGUUCAAGGGACAUCUUAAUCAGCACCCAAAACCUGACUAACGGCAAAAUUUGUUGAUAAGUUUAAGUGUUCACUAGUCACAAUAGCGUCACAGCUUCUAAACAUGAACUAUCUCUCUUGAAAACGAUGUAUUACACUUGUGAGACUUCAACACACCACAUAACAGAGAUAAGUUAAUCAGGAUUUUUUUGUGUAGAUUAUCUAGAUGCUUGAAAUAAUGACUGCAGCAGAUUCCGAGGCAGAAUAAAAAAUGUUUAUUUUUUGGUUAAUUAUUAACAAACCCCAGCCCAACCUCCAUUCGGGGCGGACACCUCUCUUCACAGUGAACUUGCCUUGGACCCGAGAAUUUCCCGAUAUUUAUAAUACUUAGUUUGUGUUAUUCUAUUUAUUAUUAGAAAUAAUGAAAUUACUGACUAUAUAAUUGUAGACCCAUUGGAAUAGUUUACAUUGUGCUAAGGAGGAUUCAUUACUUGGCAGACGUUACAUGAGAGUGACUAUUUGAAACUGUUCCACAUUUACAGAUAAUUCUUCCUACUCUUAUUAGCUUGCAGUUCACAGUAUUUCCAUUAAAUUUCACCUACGCAGCCAUUUGCAAAAACCUCUAGUCACAAAUCGCUUAGAUUAACUACUAAAUGAUAUAUCACAGCAUGAUUUGUGAAAUACAUAAGGGGCUUUGGAGUCAUCCCCGGACUCUCACCUUUGAUUUGCCACUGUUGUUCAAACUUGAUUCAGCGUUGUCAAGAGAGAAUUCAAUAGCCGCCUUUGCAAAUAUUCUGCUUUUUUUUGCUUUGAGGGUUUGAUUUGUGGACUUGACUAAAAUGUGCGGACGCCUUAGGAAUGAUGUUUCCGUUUAAUUCCAACACUAGAAAUAAAUUUUGUGGGGGUGUGUUCGAGCAACUCGCUCGCUACACGAUGAGGUACCAGGAAUCUGAAUUUACAUCUUGGCCUUUAUUCUUCUUAAUCUUCUUACAACUUCUACACACGCUACUUCUCCUACUUUACUCUUCUCCUACUCUUGCUUCCUAGUUCAAGCAUAGUAGCGGUUUUAAUAGCCAAAGCUGGACAUGUUUGGGUUAGCUGACCGGAAGAGUUUCUAUUGUAUACCUUAUCGCUAACACUGCAACAGGUUUGCUAUUGUUAGGGAAUAGACUAGCCUGCGCACAGCCGCAACUGAUAAGUACCAAAGAACGACAAGUAAAUUCGCGAGCUAAGAAUAACUUCAAGUACAAGUAAAAACAAAAGAUCAAAACUGGAGAACAGUAUACGUGGACAAAAACAAGACUUAAUGAAACAAAAACUUAACUCAAAAGAUAAGAUAGAUCUGUCUUAAAAAUACUUCAAAAAUACUUCACACCAAUUUAGUGAAAUCCACGCCAGCAAAAUUAAACGAUUCCCUCUCUGCCGGUGCCAUUAAACUCUCUUGGCCAUUAUGCCAAUGCGUUUUCACGGACAGGUUUAUUUUUAAAUCAAAGUUUCGCGGGGAAAUUCAAGUUAAGUUCUGGUUCCUCAAUAAUAUGGUCAUCGAAGAGGCAGCUGAAAGAUGACGGCCUUAUACCGGUCUCUUGAUGGUUGCUCUUUCAAAAUGAAAAUCCCUACAGCCUGUUUCUCUUACGUUUCACAGUAUUCCCCUCUUCCUUUAAGUUGCACCCUUCAGUCGAAUAUAGCAUCGAAGAAGUCCUGUGCAGAUUACACAAAGUUUUUCAUUUAAAAUAUUCUGUGUGCAUGACAGGAUAACAAAUGGGGGAAUAGAGUUGUUUGUUUUUUCGCUUUGUUUGUUUGUUUUGCAAAACCCAAAUAAUAUGAAUUUACCUCCAACUUAUACACUAGAAACUUUGAGACUGAUUGGAGGAAGUGGGCCUGGAGAGGGCAGAGUGGAGAUCUAUUACAGAGGUUCCUGGGGAACUGUUUGUGACGAUGACUGGGAUAAAAGUGAUGCUGGAGUUGUCUGUCGUCAACUUGGGUAUCCUUCUGCUCUCAGUGCUCCACACAGUGCACGGUUUGGUCAAGGAAGUGGAAAGAUUUGGCUGGACGAUGUUCAGUGUCAGGGGAAUGAAACUUCCAUUGUGAAUUGUCGACAUCGUCCAUGGGGUGUGCAUAACUGUGGUCACAAUGAGGAUGCAUCAGUGAUCUGUUCAAGUAAGCUUUAUAAUAAGGAAAUUGUAAUCUAUAAUUAUUAUAGUUUUUAUUAGAGUUGAGCCGAAUGUCGAUUACAAUGGACCCUCUCGGGACACAUCCGUAUUUAAGGGAAAAUUCAGGGGAGUCCCAGGAGCAUGUUCACAUACAUAACAUUUUUAUUUGUUACCUCUAUCGAAGGGACAUCUCUAUUCAGGGGAAAGGGACACUUCUUCUGGGUCCCGAAACCCGACAUUAACCUCCCUUCAAGAUAACCGUCAAUAGAAAUAUUCCAUACCCACUUAGCCCACUACAGUUAGUGUAGUUGGUAAAGUUGGUGUAUUUGAUUUAGUCCGUACGUGUAUUUAGUGUAGUUGCUCUGGCGGAGUGUUAGUAGUAGUUGUAGUUAGUUGGAGUAGUUGGUGUAGUUACUGUCUGUAGUUGCUGUAGUUGCUGUAGUAGUUUUCGUUGGUACGUGUCGUUAGUGUAGUAGCUGUAGGUGAUGUAGUUGGUGUAGUAACUGUAGUUGGUGUAGUUGAUGUACAGUCAAGGGUCAUAAGAAUUCGUCACUUUCAAUAUGGCGGCGUUUGUUUACAUUUUGCGCGCGCUAGUUUUAACACCGUAUUAGGUAAAUCUAACUUUAAAAUCACCUUGAUAUUUAGUGAGAUGACCCUUCAUUUUAAUUGCAUUGUCUAGGCGAUCAGGUAUGGACUGGUAAAGGUUUUGUUAUAUAAUUUACUUCGAUGUUCCGCGACACACUCAUUGAUUUUUGGUAGCGAUAUUUACCACCGACGUUUGUAGCUCUCUCCUCAUAUGUAGAGCCAGAUAUUUUCUAUUAUAUUUAAAUCUGGUGAUUGUGCUGGCCAUUCCAUUGAGGUUACUUCGUUUUGAUCUUUAUAAUUGUCUACAGUGUGGGGUCUGUGAACAGACGCAUUGUCACUAUGAACAAAUAUUCUUUUCCUUCAAAAUACCAGACAACUACUGGCCAUAAGUUCUUGUCUAGGAUGUCAAUAUACUUGGCGGAGUUAAUGUUGCCUUUAACUGCAGUCAGAGUUCCAACACCAUCAUAACAAAUACAUCCCCAGAUCAUCAAACUUACCUUCCGUUCAGAGCGAGAACAAAUAAGAUGCGGGUUGUACUUAAUUUGUCGUCUUUUCGCCAAAUGUAAACACGGUUGUUUGUACCGAGAACAAUCUGACUUUCAUCUGAAAAUAUUACUUUUUUCCAGUAGUUGUCUGCUGUUCUAUCUCUUCGCUCUUUACACCACUCGACUAGCUUUUUUCGUGUCGCUUGCCGAACCACCAUUUUCUUUUUCGCUAACCUUCUUUUAUAUCCUUCCGAAUGCAACACCCUUUGCACGGUUUUCUGGCUGAAGGUCUUUGUUUUGCACUCGUUCAGCUUUGAAGUAAAUGUCCCGUAGGGUAAGACGUCUAUUUCUUUUAACCAAACGCUUUAAAGCAUUUCUGUCUCUAUUUGUGAACCUCUUUUUCCUUCCUCUUCGCGUCAAAGUCUCCACUGUGCCAGUCCUUCGAUACUUGCUUAGAACACUCGUGGUAGUUGUUCUUGGAAUGUUCAACAGUCUUGACAGUUCCGCUUUGUUUUAUACGGAUUGCGACAGAGUAACAAUUAAUUCUUUGGUCUCUGUGGAGAGAGUUCAGCACCUUUUCGACUCAUGAGAACUAAAAAUUAAUUCUUAGAAGCAAAAAAAAAAUGACCAUUUUUUUUGUGACCUUACCUUGAAGUUAAUGUUAAAUGACUGAAUAAACGAGGUGUCAAAACACAAACAACUCUUAUUCCCUUUAAUCGGGAACUAUGCAAUUUUUUUCGUACCCAUGGUCCGAUGUUUGAUUGUUUCUUUUUUUGCCAAUUUUCAGGGGCACCCAACGAGGAUAUAGUCCAAAACCACUUAACAUAGCAUUGUUGAACGUAUUUUAGUAUUUAAACGGUAGAUAUAGGCAGAUUUUUAUCCCCUAAAAACUUUUCAUCUGUUCGGAUUUCCUAGCUGAAAGUUUAGUGAUCCGAAAAUUAUAGGGAUCAAAACUUACCUUUUCGAAAAUUUCAGCCAGGAAAAGGCUCUCGAAAAUUCUAGGUGGCCUUUUUUAGGGCAAAUAUCCGUUUAAAAUGGGUAAUUAUACUAUUUUGUAGAUGUUGGAAAAUCCUAGGAGAGGCAGGCAAGCAAGAAAUUUUACGACAAAUGUUCCGAAAAUUGCCGUUGGGUGCCCCUGAAUUUUCCCGCCUUUAUUGACCAAACGCACACCCUGCAUCGAGUUUUCACUGUUGACUUUGCGCACAACGAGGGUAAAAAUUUCUCGCUUCUUUUAUGAAAGUGACAAAUACUUGUGUCCCUUGACUGUAGUUGGUGUAGUUGUUUGUAGUUGCUGUAGUAGGUGUAGUUGGUGUAGUCGGUGUAGUUGUUGUAGUUGCUGCAGUUGCUGUCAGCUGUGCUGUAGUAGCUGUAGUUGGUGUACUUGAUUUAGUUGGUGUCGUUGCUGUAGUAUAGCUUUACUUGCUGUAGUUGGUGUAGUAACCGUAGUUGCUGUAGUUGCUGUAGUAGCUGCAGUGGAUGGACAUCCUAAUCAGCACCCAAAACCUGACUAACGGCAAAAUUCGUUAAUAAGUUUAAGUACUCGAUCACUAGUCACAAUGGCAACAGCUCUCUCCUGAAAACGAUAUAUUACACUUGUGAGACUUCAACACGCCACAUCACAGAGAUAGGUUAAUCAGGAUCUUUUUUGAUACAUUAUCUAGAUGCUUGAAAUAAUGACUGCAGCAGAUUCCAAAGCAGAAUAAAAGUAUUUUAUUUGUUGGUUAAUAAUUAACAAACUCAAGCCCAACUUCCUUUCAGGGGGCGCCUCUCUUCAGGGGACACUUGACUUGGACUCGAGGGUGUCCUCUGAGUAGAGGUUCCACUGUAAAAAGCAGGUGCUGUUUUUUAAACGUUUUAUAUAGAAUGACGACAUCCAAAUCCUGCUGUUUUCUCCAAGACAAAAUUAUAGACAUAGAUAUGAGCGAAAUAAAAAAAAAGCGACUUGGCGUUUCCCGAUAUUUUGGAUGGACAACCUGUUGUAAUACUUAGUUUAGAUCUGACCGGUCUCUUGGUGUUGCUCUUUCCUUCAAAUUCUAAAUCCCUAUAGCCUAGUUCUGUUACGUUGCGCAGUAUUCCCCUACUUCUUUGCACAUUUCAGUCGAAUGGCAUCGCAGAGUUCUGUGCAGAUUACACAUAUUUUCAUUUUACAUUCAUUGAUAUUACGCUAUUCUGUGUGCAUGACAGGAUAACAAAUGGAGGAAUAGAGCUGUUUGUUUUUUCGCUUUAUUUGCUCGUUUUUCAAAACCCAAAUAACAUGAAUUUACCUCCAACUUAUACACUAGUACGUUUGAGACUGAUUGGGGGAAACUGGUCUGGAGAGGGCAGAGUGGAGAUCUAUUACAGAGGUAGCUGGGGAACGGUUUGUGACGAUAACUGGGGUAUAAAAGAUGCGGGGGUUGUCUGUCGUCAACUUGGGUAUUCGUCGACUGCUGUCAGUGCUCCACAGAGGGCACGGUUUGGCCAAGGAAGUGGAAAGAUUUGGCUGGACGAAGUUCAGUGUCAGGGGAAUGAAACUUCCAUUGAGAAUUGUCGACAUCGUCCAUGGGGUGUGCAUGACUGUAGCCACAGUGAGGAUGCAUCAGUGAUCUGUUCAAGUAAGCUUAAUAAUAAAUAAAUUGUAAUCUAUAAUUAUCAUAGCUUUUAUUAGACUUGAGCCGGAUGUCAAUUACGAUGGACCCUCUCGGGACACCUCCGUAUUCAAGGGAAAAUUCAGGGGAGUCCCAGGAAAAAUGUUCACAGACAUAACCUUUUUAUUUCUUAUCUCUAUUGAAGGGACAUCUCUAUUCAGGGGAAAGGAACACUUUUUCUGGCUCCCAAAACCCGGCUUUAACCUCCGUUCAAGGAACAUCUUAAUCAGCACCCAAAAGCUGACUAGGGGCAAAAUUCGUUGAUAAGUUUAAGUGCUCACUAGUCACAAUGGCGACAGCUUUCAAAACAUGAACUAUCUCUCUUGAAAACGAUGUAUUACACUUGUGAGACUUCAACACACCACAUCACAGAGAUAAGUUAAUUAGGAUUUUUUUGUAUAUUACCUAGAUGCUUGAAAUAAUGACUGCAGCAGAUUCCGAGGCAGAAUAAAAAAAGGGUUUUAUUUGAUGGUUAGUUAUUAACAAACCCCAGCCCAACCUCCAUUCAGGGCAGACACCUCUCUUCAGGGUAAACUUGCCCUGGACCCGAGAAGUUCCCGAUAUUCUGGGUGGGCAAGCUGCUGUAACACUUAGUUUGUGUGAUUCUAUUUAUUAUUAGAAAUUUUGAAAUUACUGACUAUAUAAUUGUAGACCCAUUGGAAUAGUUUACAUGGUGCAAAGGAAGAUCCACUACUUGACAGGCGUCACAUGAGUGUGACAAUUUGAAACUGUUCCACAGAUACUUUUUCUUACUCUUUUGCAGUUCACAGUAUUUCUAUUAAAAUUUCACCUACGCAGCCAUUUACACAAACCUCUAGUCACAAAUCGCCUAAAUUGAUUAGUAACUGAUAUAUCACAGCAUAAUUGAUGUAAUACAUAAGGGGCUUUGGAAUCAUCCCCGGACUCUCACCUUUGAUUCGCCACUGUUGUUCAAACUUGAUUAAGCGUUGUCAAGAGAGAAUUCAAUAGCCGCCUUUGCAAAUAUUCUGCUUUUUUUUGCUUUGCGGGUUUGAUUUGUGGACUUGACUAAAAUGUGCGGACGCCUUAGGAAUGAUGUUUAAAAAUAAAUUUAGUGAAAUUCACAAAUCCACGCCAACACCUUAAGAUUCCCUCUCUUCCGGUCCCAUCAAACUCUCUCGGCCAGUAGGUCAAGACGUUUGCACAGACAGGUUUAUUUUUAAAUCAAGUUUCGAGGGAAAAUUCAAGUUAAGUUCUGUUCCUCAAUAAUAUGGUCAUCGAAGAGGUAGCUGAAAGAUGACGGCCUUAUACCGGUCUCUUGAUGGUUGCUCUUUCAAAAUGCAAAUCCCUAUAGCCUAGUUGUGCUACGUUUCACAGUAUUCCCCGAUUACUUUGCACACUUAAGUCGAAUAUUAUCACAGAAGUUCUGUGCAGAUUAACACAAAAAGACAAAGUUUUUCAUUUUAAAAUAUUCUGUGUGCAUGACAGGAUAACAAAUGGGGGAAUAGAGCUGUUUGUUUUUUCGCUUUGUUUGUUUGUUUGUUUUGCAAACCCAAAUAAGAAUUUACCUCUAACUUAUAUACUAGAAACUUUGAGACUGAUUGGAGGAAGGCCUGGAGCGGGCAGAGUGGAGAUCUAUUACAAUGGUUCCUGGGGGACGGUUUGUGACGAUUACUGGGAUAAAAGUGAUGCUCAAGUUGUCUGUCGUCAACUUGGGUAUCCUUCUGCUGUCAGUGCUCCACUCAGUGCAAGGUUUGGUCAAGGAAGUGGAAAGAUUUGGCUGGACGAUGUUCAGUGUCAGGGGAAUGAAACUUCCAUUGUGAAUUGUCGACAUCGUCCAUGGGGUGUGCAUAACUGUGCGCACAGUGAGGAUGCAUCAGUGAUCUGUUCAAGUGAGCGAGAUAGUAAAUAG